CAGCGCUUGCGCGCCACUCUCAGGCCCAGCGGAGGAUGCGCGCGCAGCACCCCCUUCUCCCUUCCCCCCGCCCCUCCCCCCGGAAGUUUCUCCUGGACAACUGAAAAGGUUGUUGUCAAGAUGGAGUUUCCAACUCAGUAAUCCAAGGAUUAGACCCUGAGUCCACAAAGCAUGAUCUCCUUCUGUCCAGUCUGUGGCAAAAGUGUCAAAGCAUCAUUCAAGUUCUGCCCGUACUGUGGCAAGGCCCUGCCUGUAGAGGAGCAUGCAGAAGCCCAGACUGGCACUCCGCGUCUUGUGUCAUCCUUUCGAGGCUCAAGGAGAGAGCUGAACUCCAGUUCUGAAACCUCUCCCAAGAAAGUGAAAUGGUCACACACUGUCACCUCUCUCCCACCCUCCCUCCUCUCUGACUGUGACAGUUCUGAGUCUGAAGAUACCUUGAAUUCUCCUGAGAGAGCCACAGGCACCUGGAGCAGACCCCCGACCCCCAGAGGCAGCCCACAGUCCUCCAGGCUAAGUCCUCAGACACUGAAGCGGAGCCGAGUGACCACCUCACUCCAGGCUUUGCCCACGGGGACAGGGCUGACCGACAAGAAAGGGCAGCACUGGACACUCGGGGCCCUCCAGACCCGGGAUGACCAAGGCAUUCUCUAUGAAGCUGAGCCCACUUCUGCCCUCCCCUGUGAAUCAGGGACUCAGAAGCAUAGGUUCUCACUCAAGCUGGACUCCAAGGAUGGGCGCCUUUUCAAUGAGCAGAACUUCUUUCAGAGGGCAGCCAAGCCUGCACAAGUGAACAAGUGGAAGAAACAGUUCUUGGUUCCGCUCCUGGCCAUCCCCACCUGCGUCGGCUUUGGCAUUCACCAGGACAAGUACAGGUUCCUGGUGUUCCCCAGCCUGGGGAGGAGCCUUCAGUCAGCCCUGGAUGACAACCCAAAGCAUGUGAUAUCAGAGAGAUGUGUGCUGCAGGUGGCCUGCAGGCUGCUGGAUGCUCUACAGUUCCUCCAUGAAAAUGAGUAUGUUCACGGGAACCUGACAGCUGAGAAUGUCUUUGUGAAUCCAGAGGAUCUAAGCCAGGUGACCCUGGUGGGCUAUGGCUUCACCUUCCGCUACUGCCCAGGUGGCAAGCACGUGGCCUACAGAGAAGGCAGCAGGAGCCCCCAUGAGGGGGACCUGGAGUUCGUUAGUGUGGACACGCACAAGGGAUGCGGGCCCUCCCGCCGCAGCGACCUCCAGACCUUGGGCUACUGUAUGCUCAAGUGGCUUUAUGGGUCCCUGCCAUGGACAAACUGCCUUCCCAACACUGAGGAGAUCACUAGGCAGAAGCAGAAGUUCCUGGACAGCCCCGAGCUCUUCGUGGGACUUUGUCGCCGCAGGAGCAGGGCCUCAGAGACCCUGCAGGAGUACCUGAAGGUGGUGAUGGCCCUCAAUUACGAGGAGAAGCCGCCUUAUGCCAUGCUGAGGAACAGUCUAGAAGCCCUGCUGAAGGAUCUGCGGGUGUCACCCUAUGACCCCCUGGACCUCAGGAUGGUGCCUUAGGUGGAAUCCAGAGCUUCCGACUUGCAGCUUGAAAUAGAAUGUGAAGUAGUAUGUCGAGGCUUUCUGUUUGAACUCAUAUACCCCUAAAAGACAUGCGAAGCAGCCCUCUCAGUGUUGGAGAACCUGAGUCAUCUCCCAUAAUGUGAAACUUCCUCAUCCCUCCACAGUUGUGAAUGGAGGUGACUGGAUGCUGGUGGCCGCAGUGACCACUCCCUAGGGCCCUCCAUCCAUGGGCAUUUCUGUGAUUCCGUAAUAAACUGUUUUUAAUCAAUGCCUGGAGAGUCCAGUGUUCACAGUUCUGGGAGAAGCUUUCUCCUCUUCACCCAGCCACUCAAUCCCUUCAUUCCAGCGGGCCAGAGUGAUAGUGCACACACAAAGCCCAAGGGGCAGAGACCAGCCUUAGCACAGCAAGAAAAUGUCAAUCAAACAAUCUUCCAACUUGCUCCUUCCUACUUUCCUAACGUCAGUCAGCCGUCCAGACAGUAUGGCACUUCAUCUAGCCACCGUCACACCUCCAGCCUUCUGUUCAUACAUCCAUUCAUGCUUCCAUCCUUCAGCUACCUUUCUUUCAUCCAUCUGCCUAGUACUCCAUCCUACCAGACAGGGUUUCUCUGCUCUUCUGGAACUCACUCUGUAGACCAGGCUGGCCUCGAACUCACAAAGAUCUGCCUCUGCCUCCUAAGUGCUGGGAUUAAAGGUGUGUGCCACCACCGCCUACCCAAGAUUUUCUUUAUUUAUGCAUCUGGCUGAUUUCACAGCUUAACAAAUUGUGACUGGUGUUGCAAUAAACAUGGGCCUGUGGGAA